CUUGCCUUAGUGUUUUUAUCCUCUGUUGCUAACUGUGCAGCUUCUGCUAGCUAUAAACUCGGGACAGCUUUAUUAGCUCAUGACUUCUUCUUUUAAAGUAACAGUUUCAUUUCAGUCCUGCACAGCCUUGCUACGUUAGUUUUUUAAUGACUCAUAUGUUUGUUUAUUUAUUGUUUUGCUAGCUUCACCAUAGCAUGGUUUGCUAACAGGAAUUUCUCAGAGUCUUUUUUUAUAGCAUGGGUAUUUUGUCUAAUUUAACUGUCACCGUGCUCCUCCUUUCUCUGUCUCUAUUAGCGAGUUUACACCUUUUGUUCAGGAACGAGGGUAGACUCGUUAGGUCAGUUCAUUACGACCCUAAUGAGGUCACAGCUCAUAAAAAGCCUGGGUCUUCUUCUUAUUAUUAUUAUCCCGGAGUACCAAAGAGCGAUGGCCCCCCUGAAAGCCUCCAAAGGUCUGGGACUUCCUGGCAAACUGGAUGCAGCGUGGCUCCGGAGAGCCGCUUUGACUGCGGCAGGGACAGGCUGCUGAGCCAGGAGGAGUGUGAGGAGAGGGGGUGCUGCUACGCUCCUCUGCCCGGAUCUGCAGGGCCGCCCUGGUGCUUCUACCCUUCCCCGUACCCGGGCUACACCAUGGGGCGCCUCACCCCCAGCGAGAGGGGCCAGACGGCCACCCUGACCCGGGCCAGCCCAUCCUACCUCCCCAAAGAUGUCUCCACUCUGAGCCUGGAGGCCAUGGAUGAGACUCCGGGCUGCUUUCACCUUGUUCUAAAGGACCCAUCCUCUGAGCGGUAUGAAGUCCCCCUCCCAGCUGGCAGGCCUCAGACUGAAGCCUUUCAGGACCAGGAUGCCCUCUACACCACCCAGUACCAGCACCAUCCCUUCGGCUUCGUAGUCAGACGAAAGUCCAGUGGAAGGGUCCUUGUGAACACCACAGUUGCUCCGCUGCUGUUCGCUGACCAGUACCUGCAGCUCUCCACCUCCCUGGCCUCCUCCCUGGUGUCCGGCCUCGGAGAGCAUUACACCCCUCUGGUCCUGGACCUCAACUGGAAAUCCUUGACUCUUUGGAACAGAGACAUGGCUCCACAUGCUGAAGCGAACCUCUAUGGGUCCCAUCCUUUUUACAUAGUGCAGGAAGAGGAUGGCUUAGCGCACGGGGUUUUCCUUCUCAACAGCAACGCAAUCGAAGUAACGCUGCAGCCGACGCCAGCUCUCACCUGGGUGUCCACUGGUGGAAUCCUGGACCUGUAUAUUUUCUUGGGUCCUGACCCUCAGAGUGUGAUACGGCAGUACCUCCAGAUCAUUGGAUAUCCCAUGAUGCCUCCUUAUUGGUCACUGGGCUUUCAUCUCUGUCGCUGGGGUUAUGCGACUACUAAUGCAACCCGCAUGGUUGCGCAACGCAUGCACAGUGCAAACUUUCCCAUGGAUGUACAGUGGAAUGACCUGGACUAUGCAGACAAGCGAAGGGUGUUUACCUUUGACCCGCUGCGAUUUGGUGAUCUACCAGAGAUGGUGCAGGAGUUUCAUAAGGAAGGCAUGAAGUACAUCCUCAUUCUGGACCCGGGCAUCAGCAGCACCAGCCCCCCUGGAACAUACCCUCCGUUUGAAGACGGCGUGAAACGAGAUGUAUUUCUUAAAAAUGCAACUGGGCAAAUUCUGAUAGGGAAGGUUUGGCCCGGCCCGACAGCGUUUCCUGACUUCACCAACCCAGAGGCCUGGCAGUGGUGGGAGGACUGCAUCAGAGGCUUUUACUCUAAGGUUCCCGUAGAUGGUCUGUGGAUUGAUAUGAAUGAACCAUCCAGCUUUGUCCAGGGAUCAGUGGAGGGCUGCCCUGACAGUGAGCUGGAGAGACCACCGUACACACCCAGGGUGGUCGGAGGCCAGUUGAACUCAGGAACCAUCUGUAUGUCGGCGCAGCAGAAGCUGUCCAGCCAUUACAACCUGCACAACCUGUACGGACUGACCGAAGCUUAUGCAACACACAGUGCUCUGAUGAGGAUUCGGGGGAAGAGACCCUUCGUCUUGUCUCGCUCCUCUUUCCCCGGCAUCGGGCGUUUUUCUGGCGUGUGGACAGGAGACGUGAGGAGUGACUGGGAGCAGCUUCGGUUCUCCAUCCCUGCGGUGCUGCAGUUCAGCCUGUUCGGCGUCCCCCUGGCGGGAGCGGACGUCUGCGGCUUCGGAGGCGACACCACCGAGGAGCUAUGCGUGCGAUGGAUGCAACUUGGUGCCUUUUAUCCGUUUAUGAGGAACCACAACGACAAGCCCAACGCUCCUCAGGAGCCGUACGUAUUUGGGCAGAAGGCCCAAGCAGCCAUGCGGAGUGCGUUGAACCUUCGCUACUCCCUCCUCCCGUUCCUCUACACGCUCUUCCACCAUGCGCACACAUCUGCUGACACUGUUGCCAGGCCCCUCUUCGUGGAGUUUCCCACCGACCCGAACUGCCGGACCACAGACCGACAGUUCCUGUGGGGGAGUUCGCUUCUCAUCAGUCCGGUUUUAGAGCAAGGGGCAGUAGAACUGAGCGCCUACUUACCGGCCGGCACUUGGUACCAACUGCACAACGGUCAGCCGAUCCACAGCGGCGGUCAGUACGUUCAGCUUCCAGCGCCUCUGGAAACGAUCAACGUUCACGUGAGAGAGGGGCACAUCAUCCCCCAGCAGGAGCCUGCUUUGACCACUGCAGCGUCACGCAGAAACCCUUUCUUCCUGACGGUGGCGCUGUCCACGCGUGGCUGGGCGUGGGGGGACUUGUUCUGGGACGACGGAGACAGCCUUAGGACUUUUGAAACACAAAAUUAUUGCUACGUGAACUUCACUGCUGAACAGUCGCAGAUAACCAGCAUCCCUGUAAACCUGAACGGGGCCUUGGCCAAUCUGCUGCUGGGAGGCCUUCAGGUGUUCGGCGUGCCUUCAUCGCCGCUUUAUGUCUUGGCAAAUGGAGAGAAAGUCAGGGACUUUACAUAUCAGGCUGACACCAAGGUUCUGACAGUGACGAGUCUGGCCUUACCCAUGUCAGAGACAUUUACAGUCCAAUGGGUUCUAUAAUGCACUGAAUUUAUGUUAUUUUCUUCUCCUUUGCUCUCUGCAAUGGAAGGCUGCAUUAUUCUGCAGAGAUGUUAUUCAAGCCUUUAAAUGUAAAGGAAAAACCAUAAAUUACACUUUUUCCAACCUUACAAGCUUAUAUUUAAAGAUAGCAAUUUGAUCAUGUUUGUACCUUCCAGGUUUAUGUAAUUUGACUAAAUAUCAGCCAUUUAUUUCUUUUCAGUUGAUUAAAUCAGGACCGUUUAAUGGCAUAUAAAACAGUUUUGUAAAUAUUUUUGUACAAAAUAAAGACAUUUCACUUUUAGACUUUGA